GGAGCCGCUUCCUGUCCCGCUCACCGCGCCGCCUCACGCUGCCCGUCCCGGACGCGGCUUGCGCGGGACCCGCUCCCCUGCCCCGGCAACACGUCCGGCCCCAUGCAGUCCCGGCUUCUGCUCCUCGGGGCGCCCGGCGGCCACGGCGGCCCGGCCGCGCGGCGCAUGCGGCUGCUCCUGCGGCAGGUGGUGCGGGGCAGGCCCGGCGGAGACGGGUGCGGGUCGGAGGUCAGACUGCUGCAUGCCGGGGCGGGGGCCGACACAGGUGAUACAGUUAAUAUUGGAGAUGUAUCCUACAAGUUGAAAACUCCUAAGAGCCCAGAACUUGUGCCACAGAAUUACAUUUCAGACUCUCUGGCUCAAUCUGUAAUUCAGCAUCUAAGAUGGAUGAUGCAGAAGGAUCUUUUGGGGCAAGAUGUCUUUCUCAUAGGACCUCCUGGGCCUCUUCGACGCUCUAUUGCUAUGCAGUACCUGGAGCUGACCAAACGGGAAGUUGAAUACAUUGCCCUAUCAAGGGAUACCACUGAAACUGAUCUCAAACAGCGACGAGAGAUCCGCGCAGGCACGGCUUUUUACAUUGAUCAGUGUGCGGUUCGUGCAGCCACAGAAGGCAGAACUCUUGUUUUGGAAGGCUUGGAAAAGGCGGAGAGGAAUGUUCUGCCUGUUUUGAACAACUUGCUGGAAAACAGGGAGAUGCAGCUUGAAGAUGGACGCUUCCUAAUGUCUGCAGAGCGUUACGACAAACUUCUCCAAGAUCAUACCAAAACAGAGUUGGAUGCCUGGAAGCUUGUUCGAGUUAGUGAAAACUUCCGAGUCAUUGCCUUGGGUUUGCCAGUGCCUAAGUACUCUGGGAAUCCCUUAGACCCCCCACUCCGUUCUCGAUUUCAGGCCAGAGAUAUUUAUUAUCUACCCUUUAAGGACCAACUUGAACUGUUAUAUUCAGUUGGAGCCAAUGUUUCUGCUGAGAAAAUCUCUCAGCUCUUGUCCUUUGCCACCACUCUCUGUUCCCAAGAAUCUUCUACUCUCGGACUUCCAGAUUUUCCUUUAGAUAGUUUACCAGCUGCAGUUCAAAUCCUGGAUUCCUUUCCUAUGAUGUCAAUCAAACAUGCAAUCCAGUGGCUUUAUCCAUACACUAUCUUGCUAGGACAUGAAGGGAAAAUGGCUGUGGAAGGUGUUUUAAAACGCUUUGAACUCCAAGAUUCAGGAAGCUCUGUGCUUCCUAAAGAGGUUGUGAGAGUGGAGAGGCUGACUGAAAGCCAUUCCCCCCAAGCUUCUGUGACUGUCCGGAUUGCAGAAAAAGAAGUGACCAUUCAGGUGCCAGCUGGGACCAGGCCAAUAAGUCAACCUGGUGCAUCAGAGCGUUUUGUACAGACUUUAAGCCAUAAACAACUACUGGCUGAGAUGAUGCAGUCACACAUGGUUAAGGACAUAUGUUUAAUUGGAGGAAAAGGUUGUGGAAAAACGGUCAUUGCUAAGAACUUUGCAGAUAACUUAGGAUACAACAUUGAACCCAUCAUGCUCUAUCAGGAUAUGACAGCACGUGAUCUGCUACAGCAGAGAUACACUCUUCCCAAUGGAGACACUGCUUGGCGGUCCUCACCCCUUGUGAAUGCCGCUCUGGAAGGAAAGCUUGUCCUCUUGGAUGGCAUUCACCGUGUCAAUGCCGGCACACUCGCUGUAUUGCAAAGGUUGAUCCACGACCGGGAGCUAAGCCUGUAUGAUGGCUCCAGGCUGCUGAGAGAAGACAGGUAUAUGCGCUUAAAGGAGGAGCUACAACUGUCUGACGAGCAGCUGCGGAAGAGCAUCUGCUGUCAUUCAAGUACCACCCUAGACCUCGUGUGCCAUAAAGAUGAGCAAGAAAUGUGCCCAUGCAGUUUGCUACAUUGCAUCGGGAAAAAAAGAUCCAUUUUUCCUGUCCACCCCUCCUUCAGAAUCAUCGCCUUGGCAGAACCCCCUGUCUUUGGAAGCACCACACAGCAAUGGCUGGGACCAGAAUUCUUAACCAUGUUCUUUUUCCAUUAUAUGAAACCACUUGCCAAAAGUGAAGAAGUUCAAGUGAUUAAGGAAAUGGUCCCAAAUAUACCUCAGGAAGCUUUGGACAGAUUGUUAUCAUUUGCACACAAACUCAGAGAGACACAGGAUCCCACGGCCCAGUCAUUGGCAGCAUCACUAUCUACCAGACAGCUGUUGCGGAUUUGUCGUCGGCUGUCACAGUACCCUCAUGAAAAUCUUCACAGUGCAGUUACUAAAGCCUGCCUUUCCAGGUUCUUACCAAGCCUUGCAAGGUCAGCAUUAGAAAAAAACCUGGCAGAUGCUGCAAUAGAAAUAAGUGCUGAUAAUAAUCAGGAACCAGAAUUGGAGGAUUAUCAGUGUGAAGUAGCUUCUGGAUCUCUGAGGAUUGGAGCUGUUACUGCACCGAUCUAUAAUGCCCGGGAGAGAAUGAAAGUGCCUGAUGUUCUGUUCUAUGACAACAUUCAGCACAUGAUAGUGAUGGAAGACAUGCUGAAAGACUUUCUUCUUGGAGAACACCUAUUAUUGGUUGGCAAUCAGGGUGUAGGAAAGAACAAGAUUGUUGACAGAUUCCUUCACCUGCUCAACAGACCUCGAGAAUACAUUCAGCUGCACAGGGACACCACAGUACAAAGCCUUACUCUUCAGCCUUCUGUUAAAGAUGGACUGAUUGUAUACGAAGACUCACCUUUGGUUAAAGCAGUAAAGUUGGGUCAUGUUCUGGUGGUAGAUGAGGCAGACAAAGCCCCAACAAAUGUCACCUGUAUUUUAAAAACUCUAGUAGAAAAUGGAGAAAUGAUUCUAGCAGAUGGAAGACGCAUUGUUGCAAAUUCUGCUAAUGUCAAUGGAAGAGAAAACGUUAUUGUGAUUCAUCCUGAUUUUAGAAUGAUUGUUCUGGCCAACAGACCUGGAUUUCCUUUCUUAGGCAAUGAUUUCUUCGGCACUUUGGGUGAUAUCUUUAGCUGCCAUGCAGUUGAUAAUCCCAAACCCCAUUCAGAGCUUGAAAUGCUCAGGCAAUAUGGACCAGAUGUGCCUGAGCCCAUCCUUCAGAAGCUUGUGGCUGCCUUUGGAGAACUGAGGAGUUUAGCUGACCAGGGGACUAUUAAUUAUCCUUAUUCUACCAGAGAAGUCGUCAACAUAGUGAAACAUUUACAGAAAUUUCCCACGGAAGGUCUUUCCAGUGUGGUUCGGAAUGUGUUUGACUUUGAUUCCUACAACAACGAAAUGAGGGAGAUUUUGAUUAACACUUUGCACAAACAUGGGAUACCUAUUGGAGCAAAACCGACCAAUGUGCAUCUGGCAAAGGAGUUGCCUCUGCCAGAGCAGACGUUCAUGGGCUUCUGGACGUUUGGUCAGUCAAGAAAUGGAAUGCAAAAACUGUUGUGUCCAGCAGUAACUCAUCACAUAGACGUAAAGGGUCCAGCACUUAUAAACAUACAGGAGUAUCCAAUAGAAAGAUAUGAAGAAAGAUCCCAAACCUUUACUGAAGAAUGUGCCUCCUGCAAAUUACCAUUGGAUGAAAUUAAUUUAAUCUGUGACAUUGCUACGUCAUGUGAAAAUGAGGAAAAUACCCUCUAUGUAGUUGCAUGCAAUCCCAUCACCUUAUACUUUCUGAACAUGACGGGGAAAAGUGGCUACAUGGUGGACCUCUCUGACCUCUUCCCAAGAAUGGCCAGUAGAAUUUGGCACCCAUUUGUGACAGUGGCACCACUGGGAAAUCCCCUCAAGGGUCAAGUGGUUCUCCACGAGCAGCAGAGUAAUGUCAUCCUCUUAUUAGACACCACUAGCCGAGCCCUUCGACGUCUCAUCCUCCCUUCCGAAGAGGUUACACCUAAGAAAUCUUCCUGGUGGAACAAGGAGGAAGCUGAAACUUAUAAAAUGUGUAAAGAAUUUUCGCACAAAAACUGGCUAGUAUUCUACAAAGAAAAUGGGAACAGCCUGACUGUGCUGGAUGUUCUCGAAGGGCGAACACACACCAUCUCACUUCCCAUCGACCUCAAGACAGUCUUCCUUGUAGCGGAGGACAAGUGGCUUCUGGUGGAGAGUAGAACACACCAGAAAUAUCUUUUAACUAAGCCUGCACACAUCGAAUCUGAGGACAGCGGGGUUUGCCAGUUGUACGCAUUGAAAGAGGAGCUGCCUAGCACAGGAUUUGGAGUCAUACAAGAAACAGAUUUCAGCAUACCUCAUAAAAUUUCAAGUGAUCAACUAUCAUCUGAAAAUCUAAGUUCAGCAGUGGGACAAAAGAUUGCCUCUCCUAACCGAAUUCUCUCAGAUGAGACUAGUUAUGCUAUGGUUGUUGUCGGUUUCCCAGAUCUCAUGUCACCCAGUGAAGUCUAUUCUUGGAAAAGGCCAUCAUCUCUUCAUAAACGAAAUGUCACUGACACAACAUUCUAUGGAGGAAAGAAAACAAGUGAAAGUCCAAAGCAGAGCAAUUGUGUGACUCUUUUAGAUACUAAUCAGAUAGUCAGGAUUUUGCCCCCAGGAGAAGUCCCUCUAAAAGAUAUCUACCCAAAAGAUGUUACCCCUCCACAAACAGCUGGUUACAUGGAAAUCACUGACCUUCGAUCAAAGAAACUCCGAUACAUCCCUAUUCCCAGAUCAGAAUCUCUCUCACCAUAUACCACAUGGCUGUCUACUAUUUCGGACACAGAUGCAUUGCUAGCUGAGUGGGGCAAAGGUGCUGUUAUUACUGUCGAUAUGGGAGGUCACAUCAGGCUUUGGGAAACUGGACUUGAACGUCUGCAGCGAUCACUCAUUGAAUGGAGAAACAUGAUUGGACAAGACAGUGACAGACAUAUGCAGAUAACAAUCAACAGAGAUAGUGGUGAAGACGUGAGUUCCCCCAAACACGGGAAGGAGGACCCAGACAACAUGCCCCACGUGGGCGGGAAUACUUGGGCUGGCGGAACAGGGGGAAGAGACACCGCAGGCCUGGGCGGCAAAGGAGGUCCUUAUCGGCUGGACGCGGGCCAUGCGGUGUACCAGGUGUCUGAGGCCGAGAAAGAUGCGGUUCCCGAGGAGGUGAAGAGAGCCGCCAGAGAGAUGGGCCAGAAGGCCUUUCAGCAGCGGCUAAAGGAGAUCCAAAUGAGUGAAUAUGAUGCCACAACCUAUGAAAGGUUCUCAGGUGCUGUUCGACGGCAGGUGCGCUCCCUCCGAAUCAUCCUGGAUAAUUUACAGGCUAAAGGUAAAGAAAGACAGUGGCUAAGACACCAAGCUACGGGGGAACUAGAUGAUGCCAAGAUCAUCGAUGGGCUCACUGGAGAAAAAGCCAUCUACAAACGCCGGGGUGAGCUGGAACCACAACUGGGCAGCCCCCAACAGAAACCCAAGCGCCUGCGCCUGGUGGUGGAUGUGUCUGGCAGCAUGUACCGCUUUAACGGGGUGGAUGGCCGGCUGGAGCGUUCAAUGGAGGCCGUGUGUAUGGUCAUGGAAGCCUUCGAGAACUACGAAGAGAAGUUCAAGUAUGACAUCGCUGGACACUCUGGAGAUGGCUACAACAUUGGUCUGGUUCCAAUUAACAAAAUCCCCAAGGACAAUAAGCAAAGACUAGAAAUUCUGAAGACAAUGCAUGCCCAUGCUCAAUUCUGCAUGAGUGGGGACCACACGUUAGAGGGGACAGAACAUGCCAUCAAGGAAAUUGUCAAAGAAGAAGCUGACGAGUACUUUGUCAUCGUCUUAAGUGACGCAAACCUGUCACGAUAUGGAAUACAUCCUGCCAAGUUUGCCCAAAUCCUGACAAGCAACCCUCAAGUAAAUGCUUUUGCCAUUUUCAUUGGAUCUUUAGGUGAUCAAGCAACCAGGCUUCAGAGAACUUUACCAGCUGGCCGGUCUUUCGUUGCCAUGGAUACCAAGGACAUCCCUCAGAUUUUACAACAGAUCUUCACCUCCACCAUGUUGUCCACUGUUUAAGACGUGCCCUUCGUCACCCUGGUGACCCCGGGAUUUGAAAUAAGAUAGGGAUAAAGAGUACUCUGAAGAAAAGAAGACAUCUAUAAAGGGAACCUGUGCAAUGACUGGAUAAUUCUGGCAUUCCUGGGUCCUCCUGCGCUUGCUCAGCAAUCCGAAUUCAGGAAAGCAGCCAGAGGGAGGUUUGUGCAUGGAAACCGACAACUGUUGAUGGGUUCACAGGGAAGUGAGUUGACCUGCAUUUUAUAAAAGGUCAGGGUUAAAGGAAAGUGGUUUGAGAACUGUGGUACUUGGUUUAUAUCUAGAAACCUGAAGGAAAGAGAAUUCCUUGCUUUUGCCUUAACAUCUGGUCACCUGAGGUAACAGAAGCGACCCCAUCAAACUAAGCUUUAGUUGCCGUAUUCCGACGUUGAGUUACAAGUCUGUGCAAACCCACCCAACCUGCUCCUAUCCAGUAAUUAUGUGUAUUUUCUUCUCCACUCUUGGUUGCCCAGAAGACAAUGAUUUUAUAGUAUGUAACUCACUGGAAAGCUUUCUAACAGACAUAUUUUAUAAACAGUUAGGUUCUUUUCAAUAAUUCCAUUCUCUUGGCGAAAGCCAAAAGGAAUCAAAAGAUCCCUGCAUUGCUAUCUUUCCCACUUGACUUUUUAAAGCCUCUUUAAAUAAAAAGAGCAAACCUCCCAUUUUCCAUGCUGCCAGCGUGGAAGGAUAAAGGAUGUCUUGCCUUGAACUUCCUGUUUCCUCUUGUUCUUCCAGUACUUCUCACAAGUCUCACGUAUUUUGGUGUCCAAAAUGUAAUGUUCAAAACAACAAACACUUAUGUUUUUACUUAAAGCAAAGUAAAAACAAAGCGGUAUGUUUGAAUUGAAUGGUAACUGGAGAUCUCUUUAGCUAUAUAUAUAUAUAUAUAUAUAUAUAUAUAUAUAUAUAUAUAUGCUUUUUUUUGUCAAGACUCCUUCUCUUUUCUUUCAAAGUGCACCUCAUUCCCACCUACUCUUGGGCUGACCUUUAUUUACCAACAGGCUCAUUGUCCCUUUGUUUAAAAUCAAAUGCCACAGCCAAAGUUAGGGUCUGUGCAAGCACCUAAGAAGCUAGAGAUGCAAAGUCAAAAUUGCAGGGGGCACCAGUGUGUGCGUGCUUUCUUGUCAUGAGUUGGAAAAACUAGUCUUGUUAAUGAGGUUACCCUGUUUACCCAUAUGUAAUGGAAUUACACAGAUCCGUUUCUUUUUAAUCAAUUGUAGAGAAGAAAAGGUAUCACCCAUUUGUUCCACCACCCUCGAUUCCCUAUCAGUUGUCAAAGAAAUAAAAGUAAUUAGAUUUCCAGUGCAA